AGGAUUUUAUCUGGACCAUCAGUCACAAAAUUCAGGUGACAGUUUUCACCAACAGAUCCACACCAGGCAGCUGCUGCAAAUAAUCACUGAAAUACCAAGGAAUCCACAAGAAGGUCUGCAUGAAAUCAGAGACAGUGACAGAUCAGUACUUCACAGUGAAACCCUCAUUAUGAGUACUGAAACUACAUCAACCUUCCUUCCAAAUACAACCAACCUGGCUCAUGGGGCUAAUUACAGUGGGACCGCGCAAAAGGCAGAGCCGUCAUAUGCUGUCCUCAAGUUCAUGGAGAGUUUCUGCCUCAUCAGCUCUGCCUGUGGGAUGGUGGGAAAUGGCAUGGUCCUGUGGUACCUUGGCUUCCGCAUCCGGAGGAACCGCUUCACUGUCUACAUCCUGAACCUGGCUGCCGCUGACUUUGGGUACCUGCUCUGCAUUGCCAUCGAAACAGUUCAGUACCUGAUGCAGUUCAACGUUGGGGUGCAGUUUGGGAUAUUCCUCUUCCUGGAUCUUUUCAUGUACGGGACUGGCUUGUAUCUCCUGACAGCCAUCAGCAUUGAGAGGUGCCUGUCUGUCCUCUGUCCCAUCUGGUGCCGAAGCCAUCGCCCAAAGCACUUGUCUGGCAUCAUCUCUGGCCUGCUCUGGAGCCUCUCCCUGCUGCUGAACAUGCUGGGGUACAUUUCUUGUACUGUUCGUCCCUCUAGCAACUGCCACGUACUCCUCAUCACCAUUGGAGUCCUGGACUUCCUCUUCUGCACACCUCUCAUGCUGGUAUUCAGCCUCACCCUCUUCCUCAAAGUCAAGUGCAGCUCCCAGCACCUCCAAACAGGCAGGCUCUUCACCGUGAUUAUGCUCACCGUCCUCUUCUUCCUCAUUUUUGCUGUUCCUCUGAGCAUCCUGAUCCUCUUUGACUUCUGGGGCUAUAAAUUUCUCUACUCCCCAGAGAUUGGUUUUGUGCUGUCCUGUGUCAAUAGCAGCCUCAAUCCAGUUAUUUACUUCAUCGUGGGCAGCUACAGGGAUCGCAGGAUCCAGCUCACCCUCAGGCUGGCCUUCCAGAGGGCUUUUGAAGAUUCAGCAGAUGACAAAGAUGAACGGGAAACACACGAAACAAUAACUAUGUCCUCUUAAUACCCUGCUGUGCCUAACACGAUUACUGUACUCUGGAGUUGAGGGUUGACCCUUUACAGAAUCGAAGAACUCUGAAAUACUGGGUGAAGUUCCUCUCACCUAACCUUAGAUGUCUUCCCUGUAGACCUCUACCCUUUAGCUGGUAAUCUUAAGUUCCACCUGUAAUCAGUGGAAACAAAUAAGCAUCUCUGGCACAGAAUUCAUCUGACCUGUGUUAGUUUCCACCUUCAAGAUCAAUCACAUUGAAAGUGCCUACUUCUUCUCAAUGGCCAUUAAAUGAUCCUAAUUUGAUUAGGUGAAACUUCUUGAUGUCUGCAUUUCAUGAAAGGAAUGCCAUCCAGAGUUUUCAGCUCACGCAGCAAAUCUCUAUCUUUCAGAGCACAAUAAAACUGACAUUCAUACAUUCUCAGUCACUUUUUUACCUAGGUUUCUGAAGACAAGAUGGGAUCCAUCCUCCUUCCAUUGAAAUCAGCAGCAAAAUUCCUGGAAGAAGAGCCCAUGUCCCUUAACUUUAAAUACCUGUAUCUCAGCAACACAUGCAACCUUUUGUGGCUGGUACACUGUAUGAUUCUUUGUUUUCUAAUGAGAACAUUUCAAACAGUCAAACAAUUUGUGUUCUAGAAGUCCCUUUCUUCGAUUAACCAGGGAGGAUUUUGUACCAUAGAGCUGUCAUGUAAUGGAAAAGGGCUCCAGCCCCUACCAAUUACCUUGUAACUGUGGGUGUUGAGCUGCACAUUCCCUCUUCUUUGCAUUUCAAAGAAGUUCAGGGCUGGAGUUUUAUGUUAUUUUAGCUUCCUCCAGCACAGGAGCAAAUAUCUUCAUCUUAAUACAGUAUGCAUUGGGUUAUUUUUUCUUCCUUUAAAAAUGACAGACAAUAAGAACCCAUGGCCUCUAAAAUUUCUUGAUGUACCAACAGGUGUAAAUUUAAUGAUAAGAAAAAACUAGGAAACAGAAGAAAGCUAAAUAAAUGCCACAAUUUGUAACACCUUCUUCUCCAGAAACCUAGUCCAUUGAAAUGCAAGAUAUGAUUAUUUGAAAUGUUAUAGUAUCAGACCAUGUAAUACUUUCACCUAACAUAAUAGGCCUUUUAACCUAAAUUGAUGGAAAAGUGAAAAAGAGUAGUUUUCCUUAAGAAACUUUACAGAUUUCCUCUUCAUGCUUUCAUCUGCAAAUGUGGCCUCCCCUAAAGGAAGGCUACUGCAUUCUUCUAUUAUGUAUUCUCUACUUUCUGUGCAUUUGUCUUUUUAUUAAUAUUGAAAAGCACCACCUAAAAAGCAGUGGUUCACCCUAAUAAUGCCCAUGGUUGCUUGUUGCUUCCUGUUUACAGACUCUGAAAGCUAAACUAUGAGUUCCAUUUCUACUAAUCUUUAAUUAUUAAUGCUAUUUUUCUGCAAUGGACAUAGAGUUGAUUCAGAUUUGGUCUAUUUCAUGGACUAUUUUUAGCAGGAUUUUCUUUCUUCUAGCUUCUACUGGUGAGGAUAAGGGGACAUCCGUUUAUCAGAAACCAUGUUAGAAAUGUUUUCCUUUUAAUAUCUGUAAUGAUUUUAUCAUUGGGAGAACUGAAACUCAUACCCUUUAUUAUAUAAAAUGUUGAAAAAUUUUUAAGAAAAAAAAAUGUAUCAAAGACUAAGCGUUACUGUGUUCAGAAGAAGCCAUCAAGUAAUGAAAACCUAUAGAAUAUA